AUGUCGUCUAACGGUCGAGCUCAAUCAUGCUUUCAGAAGCUUAAUCAAAUGAACGAAGAAGCAUGGCUGCAGAUGGGUUCUGCGGCUGAAUUAAUGCAGGAAUAUGAUCGCGCCAUGAAUGCUUAUGAAUCUGCUUUAAGACACAAUUCUUAUUCCAUUACUGCUUUAUCUAAUAUUGCCGCUCUUUGUCGGGGAAGAGAACAAUUUCCAAAGGCUGUCGAAUAUUUUCAAAGGAUCUUAAAUAUUGAUCAGGCAAAUGGUGAAAUUUGGGGUGCUUUAGGUCAUUGUUAUUUAAUGAUGGAUGACCUUCAAAAAGCAUACAGUGCUUAUCAACAAGCUUUAUUUCAUUUACCCAAUCCAAAGGAACCUAAGCUUUGGUACGGAAUCGGUAUAUUAUACGAUCGUUAUGGUUCUUUGGACCAUGCCGAAGAAGCUUUCUCUCAAGUAAUGAUGAUGGAGCCAAAAUUUGAAAAGGCCAAUGAGAUUUACUUUAGAUUAGGAAUCAUAUACAAACAACAACAGAAAUAUGAUCAGAGUUUAGGAUGUUUUAAAUAUAUUUUACAUAAUCCUCCAAGACCUUUGACCGAAGUGGACAUUUGGUUCCAAAUUGGUCAUGUAUACGAACAACAAAAGAAUUUUAUGUCUGCUAAGGAAGCUUAUGAGCGUGUGUUGAAUGAUAACCCAAAUCAUGCAAAGGUUCUACAACAACUUGGGUGGCUUUAUCAUCAACAAAGUGCAAGUUUCACUAAUCAAGAUUUGGCAAUUACAUAUCUAACGAAAUCACUAGAGUCUGAUGGCACUGAUGCUCAAUCAUGGUAUCUUCUUGGGCGUUGUUAUAUGGCUCAACAAAAAUAUAAUAAGGCUUAUGAAGCUUAUCAACAGGCCGUGUAUCGUGAUGGUCGUAAUCCCACGUUUUGGUGUUCAAUUGGUGUUCUUUACUAUCAAAUAAAUCAGUUCCGAGAUGCUUUGGAUGCUUACAGUCGUGCGAUUCGCCUGAAUCCAUACAUUAGUGAAGUAUGGUAUGAUCUUGGUACUCUAUAUGAAUCUUGUAAUAAUCAGAUAAAUGAUGCUCUUGAUGCAUAUCAACGAGCUGCAGAAUUGGAUCCAAGUAAUCCACAUAUCAAACAACGCUUGCAAAUGUUGAGAAAUCAACAACCACCAGGUGGUCAAACUUCUGCUCCAAUUCCUCAAGAUGUAAAUCCUCAAGCGUACCAAUCUAAUGGUCCUCCUCCUAUGCUUGGUGGUAAUACUCCAACAUUUGCUCAACCUCCUGGUCCGCCUGGUCCCCCAGGAUAUGGUGGUAGACCUAUCGAUAAUCGUCCAAACCAUCCAUCUCCUCAACAACCACUGCCUUCUUUACGUCACGGCGGUUCCGACAAGUGUACGACUCCUUCUCCACAACUUCCUUCACAACCUCCUCAAAUUCAAAUGCAAGAAGACCGUCAUCCUAGGCAUUCUCCUCAAUUACCUGAACCAUAUCAACCAAUGAGAUCCGGUUUUCCUUCUGAACAUGGCAGUUCUCAACUCUCUUCUUAUCACCAACCCUCACAUCAUGAUCAUGAUUCUGAUAUUUAUGAAAAGAUUAAUAAAUCUGGUGAUCGACAUGGCAAUGGUGUUCCUCCUUAUCACACUUCCGAACCUCUCACUUCACAUGAUCCUCUUCCACCUAUUCAAUACCAUGAAAAUCGUGAAUUGGAUUCAAUAAUGAAGAGACCUGAUGAACCUCCACUUCGUCCAACUGAUCAUCCAAGGCCACAACACCCAAGUAGUCACCGCCCAGAUGAAAGUUCGCUUGAGGAUAAAGUAAUUCCUUCUCCGUAUCCUACUUACCGACAAGAUGACCAUCUUCCAAGACGUUCCACAGAUAUUAAACCUGAAACUCCUACUGUCCAGAGAGAGUCUCCUGUCAGAGAACCUUACGCUACUAAUGAGCAACAUAGUCCUAUCUCCAACGUUUCAAAUAAUGAUAUUCCACGAAAAUCUUCAACAGAUCAAAGACCUGAAACACCACGAAAUGAUCUUUCAAAAAUUCCACGUAUUAACGAACAAAAUAAUCCUACAUCAUCAACUAGUCCUCUUGAAAAUGAUAAAAUACCAAUCCCUAUUCGUACUAAUUCUUCUGGUAAUGAACGUUCAUCGGGGUCCACAACUGUUCGUCCUGUCGAUGAAGAUUAUGAUGGAACUACUGAUGAUCCUGGUAUUUCUGCUUCAUCUGCUGCACAAAAACGUUCAUACUCUCCAUCAAAAAUUGAUGAGUUAGAUGAUCGUCGGGAUGAAAGUAAUGCUAAAAGAGUCAAACAAUCAACAACACCCGUAGAUGAAGCACAAUCUCCAAUAUCAUCUCAUUCGGAGCGAGAAAGGGAACGAGAUAGACAAAGGGAAAGACGAAAAUCAGAACAAAGUGCAAAUGGAAGUAAUACUCAGUCCCCGGGAGGUGGUUCACCAUGA